GGGAACAAGGAAGAGGAACAGAAAAAGGCCGUGAAUCAAAGCAGUGCAGCUCCAGUGUGAGGACAGCUUUGGUCUCUUGUGAAAACAAAUCUGGAAAGAAACGAUCAGAGAAAGGAAGCAGAUGUGAGAGCUCAGGAGGCAUCCCAAACAGUUUGCACCGCAUCGCUCUGACAGCUGUGUUCAAACUGGCAGCCGAGGGUCUGCUGUGUGUGAAAGGAAAGCCACAGAGGAGCCUGAAAUUGUUUUUGCCAAAUUGGGCUGGAAAGAAGGAGAGAGAUGAUGAAGAUGGGGGAAGAUGUGGAGUGGGGCAGAGGGGACCGUCCAUGCCCAUCCCCCCUGGGGCCAUACUGGUACUGCUGGGGAUGUGGACUCUGGGAGGAAGUGUUGCUGGCGAGAAUGCGGCUGAGCGCCCACAAGUGUCUGGAACACUGAUUAACCAAAGCCCCAGACCUUUGGACUCCUGGAGAUGUGUGGAGCCGCUCCUGUGUGCAACAGUUGCAGGGAGUGUCUACGGACUGCUUGCGGGGGCUGUCGCUGUGGUGACUGUUUGGCUCGCCCAGGUCACAUCUGAAUCCGUGGGUUUGGUUGCCACGGUUCAGCGGGUUCCGCUGAUGGGACUGCUGAUCGGUGCUGUACUGGGGGCUGUGGAGGGAGUGGGUAAAAUCGCAGAGCUUCUUGGACCCGGGAUUUUCUGGGAAGUGGUGGAAGGUGCUAUGAAGGGAGCCACCACAGGAGCCAGGGUUGCGGGUGUGGGUGGAGUGACCAUCGGUGGGGCCAUGUGUGCUGUGGCAGUGGUGCCUGUGAGGAACAUGGUGAGGGGUGGAGACCUGAGGGUGGCUCCUCUGGCCACUGUUUCUGCGGCAAUGGGGGCUGCCAGGGUGGCGCUGAGCCUGGCCCCCGAGGCUGUGGCCAUGGGAACCUUCAUGGGGGCCGUUCUGGGGUCUGCUCGAGACCUCAUUGUUCUGAAAACUCUGGGCACAGUGUUUGUGGGAGGGUAUUUUGGGGUGAAAGGGCAAAAGAUAAUUUGUGAAGAUUGGGCCACAGAGGUCUGGGGAGUGGCAGCAUUGCCUGGGUGGUUGGUAGGGGCCGGAGGGGCUGUAUUUCUUAUUACCCUUCUCGGAUCACCUCUUGGAAUUUUUCCUAUGUUGGUAAGUGUGAUCGUGGGGAUAGCUAUGGCCUUUUUGGUCUGGAGAGUAGGAGAGCUCCUGUGUCAAUCAGUGGCGAAGGUAUUGGAAGAGUUAUUUGGAGCCAUAAGUACCAGUGCUCACUAUGGUCCAGCUCAUACAUAAAGACAAAAAUAUUUUUGGCCCUUGUGUUAUUAAUUUCCGAAUUAGGAAUUUUUGAAGAUACCGACAUUUUUAUUUUUAUUGAUUUUUAAUUGUAUUUUCUUCAGUUGUCUACUUUCAAAAGUUCGUUGGGGCACAAACACAGUCUGCAUGUCCGUGUCCAGCCAUUAGUUGGCGAUAAAACGCAGAAUAGGGAUGUUGGACCAG